GACUUGAGUUGCCAUCCUGAAGCCUUUCCCUAUCGACGACAGGGGUCCUCACUUUCCUCACCCCCUAAUAGCCGAUGGGAUCAAUGCUGAAUUCUGGGGCUCGUGCCGGCCCCCUCAUCGACAGGCCUACUUCCCCAGACCACGUGAUUGGAUCGGCGACGCCAGUUGCAGGCCGGUUAAACUCUCGCAAAGCGGCUUGACGCUGGUUGGGUGAGAUGUAGAUGGAGACAGGGAAUUGCGUAAUCUGCUCUAGCAGGUUUGUAGGCAGGUCGCGUGUAUUUUCGCGUUUGCUUCAACCCCCGGAGCAGCAGGUCGGAAAAAUAGCGAAGCUUCGAGUUCUGCUUCCCAGCGUCUUGGGUUGCAGUCAGUGGCGAUCGGCCGCGAACUUUCCCAAGUGGAGCCUGGGCCGUGUGCCAAGAGCGCGACCACUCUUCACCGAGUCGGGACUGUUGACAUCGCUGAUAAGCAGGUUCAGGCGUGAUAAUGGGCCUUACGGCUCCUUUGCAAGGUUGCGGAUGAGAGUGAAGCCGCGACUGACGAGUCGGAUCUCGGUACGGAAUCGUCGGUUCGUGACGGCUCCAGAAAGACGGGGAUUAUUCCGCGUGGUGGUUGGCUUGACCCACCGGCCUGCAGGAAUCGACAUCAUGCCGUGGUAUAUUUUGCGGCCGUUGGUCGAUCAUCGCUCCAGUCGAGGGGGGAAAUGCGUCAUACGGUAGCAAAGAGGGCAGUGGUGGUUUGUUACAAGUUACAAUAGAGGAGCACUGAAGAUGCAAGGAGAUUACUGUCGCUGUGGUAAGAGUCGGGAUUAGGCCCGAAAUGCAACUCCAACCCUCAAGAAAGUUACCGAGAUCUUGCUGAGGUCUUGGAGGACAGGCAUUGAGGCAUGGUUUCAGUGGCCGAAGAAUUUGAUGGCUAAUUCUCCAAUGGCAAGUUUAGGGAUCCCAACAAGACGCAGUUCUCAUAAUCG